AUGGAUUAUUUUACUCGGCCAAAACUUCUGGAUUUUAAGAAUUCACCGCCACAUCUUCAGUUCAACAAGUAUGUCCUGACAGGAUACCGGCCUAUAUCCACUUACAGAGACUGUCUGCGAAGUUUGUUCUAUCUGCACAAUGAAUUUGGGAACAUCUAUACACAUGGUAUACCCUUCAUCUUUUUUUUGCUGUUUUUGCCUUUGAGUAUCCCAUGGGCUGAAGUCGAUGAGUGGUGGAUAGGAGUGGUGCAUUAUUUGGCUUGUCUGUCUCCCACAGUUUUUUCGGUCUUCUACCAUCUCUUCAUGAACCAUGAAGGUGGAGCACCUAUUUAUGAUACACUGCUGUGCUUUGACAUGUUUGGCGUCUGUCUCGUCAACACUCUAGGUGCUCUACCAAUCAUUCACAUAACUUUAUUGUGUUACCCAUUCUCCCGCCGUGUUGCGUUGAUGGCAUAUCUCCUCCUCUCUGGCUACGGUGUUUACUGCGCUGUCACUGCACAGAGUAAUGUGCACCGUCUGCAAUCUUUUGCUUGGCAGGCGAUGUUCCGCUUCAUUCUUUUUAUGUUACGUCUGACUGGGGCAGGCAGAGGAAGCCCUGCAUCCCUUCGACUCUACCUCACCAUGGAUACCCUUGCGUUGCUAGGAGGACUAGUUAAUAUUUCCCGCCUGCCAGAGCGCUUCAGACCUGGACGGUUUGACUACUGGUUUAAUAGUCACCAGAUUAUGCACAUCAUGGUCGUCCUGUCCAUUAUGUACUUACACUGGGGUAUGCUAGAGGAUUUAAGAUGGUUAAAAGGAUAUCACUGUCCCGGUGAAUAA